UUUUCGUUGUUUUGAUUUUUCGAAACAAAUGCGCAUGCGCGCGUCUUUGGCAGUCAAAACAAAUCGAUUUUAAAGCUAAACAGUAAAUAUUAAUUAGCGUCUUUUAGUUAGGAGUUAAAGGUUUAAUUUAUACAAAGUUUUUUUAAUAAUCAUUUAUAUUUAUAAAAUAAUAUGCCUGACGUGUGUUGUGCCUAUGGAUGUACAAAUAGAAGAACAUUAGCUAAUGCUCAUUUGAGCUUUUAUCGAAUACCAACUAAUAAAUCUGAAUCUGGUGCUAACAGAAGAGACAAAUGGGUUGCAGCAAUUAAAAGAGAAAAAUGGAACGUAAAACAAAUAAAUAAUGCUCGUUUGUGUAGUGCUCAUUUUACUACAGGGAAAAAAUCUGAUGAUCCCUGUCAUAUUGAUUAUGUUCCAACUGUAUUUUCUUUUAAAAAGACACAUGGAAAACAAAUUAAAGCUUCUUUAGAACGAUAUGAGCGAUCAAAAAAAAGGCAGCGAACUCUUUCUAGUAAUGAGUCUAUAUUAUUACCGAUUCACGAGGUUGGAUCAUUUAACGAGACAAAAAUUAAUGAGUUGGUUGAAGGGGACUGUUUAAAUUGUCCUUCAGAAAACGAGAUAACCCAAAGAGCUGUUGAAAUAGCUAAAAAAAGAACAAAAAAUUUGCACACAAACUGAAGUAUUUGUAACAAAAGAAAAACAACUAAAACGAACUUUGAGAAAAAAAAAAUUUGAAAUACAAAAAUUGAAGCAAAAGUUACAAAUAUGUCAAAGACAAUUAAAGUUUACAAAGGAGAAGAUAAUUGAUUAUAUUAAUAUUAAAGAAAAAGCAUUAAACUUUUUAACUGGAAUUACCAAACCAGCUUUGUUUGAAUGGAUUUUGCAAGAAGUUAAAUCUUGUGUCAAACCUAUUGUUAAAACAAUAUCCUUAGAAAACCAUUUAUUAAUUGUAUUAAUGAAGUUAAGACUUGGACAUAAAAAUAAAGAUUUAGCUUUGAGAUUUAACAUUAGUGAAGGAGUCAUAUCAAAAAUAUUUCGCUUAUGGAUAAAACAAUUAGCCAAUGUAUUGUGCAAUUUAAUUGUGUGGCCUGAACGAGCUGCUAUAAGAGCAAACUUGCCAUGUUGUUUUACAAACUUUAAAAAUUGUGUAUGUAUAAUAGACUGCACUGAAAUAUUUAUAGAAAGGCCACAUAACUUAACAGCUAGGGCUCAAACCUACUCUACCUAUAAAUCACGUAAUACCAUUAAAUACUUAAUUGGAAUAACACCAGCUGGUGCUGUAAGUUUUUUAUCAUCUGGAUGGGGUGGUCGAGCAUCAGACAAACUGAUCACAAUUGAGUCAGGUUUUUUAGAUAAAGUUUGUUACGGAGAUUGUAUUUUAGCUGAUAGAGGAUUUUUAGUGGAAGAAGAAUUAGCAACAAGAGGAGCUGUUUUAAUAAUACCAGCAUUUACAAAAAGUAAAAGUCAAAUGGCUGUAAAAGACAUUGAUUUAUCACGUCAAAUUGCUCGUGUGAGAAUCCAUAUAGAAAGAGUUAUUGGGCGUUUAAAAAAAUACCAACUAUUAACAUCAACUAUACCUGUAAGCCAGGUUGAUUUACUUGAUAGUAUAAUGAUUUCAGUAGCUGGACUUAUAAAUUUAAAUAAAAGUGUAGUACAGAAAUAAAAAAUGUCUAAUAAUAAAUUUUUAUUUUCAAACUAAA